AUGGUUCCGAAUGAAAUGUGGGACCAAUAUAUUAAGCGAAUUGAUGAAAAAGGAAAAGAACGUUACCAGUGUAAAACAUGUAAUAAAGAAUGGGCAAAAAAUGUAACUCGAUUGCAAGAGCAUUUAAAAACCUGCACUUUAAAAAAUUUAACAUCAAACGAGCCAUCUGAAUCAUCAAUUCCGUUAGCUACUCUUCAUCGUUUACAAAAAGAAAUAUAUAAUCUUGAAAUUGCACUUACUCUAACUGUUGAUACCAGGUGGACGUCUUCUUAUGAAUGUCUUGAUCAUGUUCUGCGAGCACGGUCUGCAAUAUAUGCUGUAUUAGCAGAGGAUAGUAUUGAAAUAAAUGAUAAUGUUAAAGAAACGAUUUUGGAUUAUGGAUUUUGGACAGAUCUUAAAAAACUACAUGAUUUUUUAGAACCGUUUAUCAUUUUUAUAUUCCAAUUGGAAAGUGACGAGCCAUAUCUUUCAUCAGCAUAUAAAACUUUGCAAAACUUAAAAAAUACGGUUAUUAAUAAUUUUCAAAUUCCCGAAGAACUAC